AUCUUCAUGCCCGUGAAGCCUCGCCCGCCGCUGUUAAACGCCGACCGAUACAGGACCAUCAUUGCAAUUCACGGUCUUUCCACGUUCGACUCUAGUCCGAUCACAUCGCCAUUUUACCGUCCACUCUGCCGACUGAUUCGCGUGUUUGAAAAGUAGACACGCGUGGAAUCCAAAUCUCGAGACCUACGCAGAAUACACCCAAACUAGAAAAUGAGUCUGUUCAGAACGACCGCGUCCAAAAUCUUGGAAAUCAAUCAGGUUGCUGUUCCAUUAUGGACUGCUUCCCGUUCAAUGGCGAGUUCAUCUACUGAUCUCAAAUGUGUAGUUGCUGAAAAAUUAAAGCAAAGUGGAGAAGAAAUCAAAGCCUUCAAAAAGCAACAUGGAUCUACAAUUGUUGGUGAUGUUACUGUAGAUAUGAUGUAUGGUGGUAUGAGAGGUAUCAAAGCCUUAGUAACAGAAACAUCUGUAUUAGAUGCAGAUGAAGGUAUUCGUUUCCGAGGUUAUUCUAUUCCUGAAUGCCAAAAAUUAUUACCUAAAGCACCUGGUGGUAGUGAACCUCUUCCUGAAGGAUUGUUUUGGUUAUUGAUUACUGGUGAGAUCCCAACACCUGAACAAGUUAAGUGGGUGUCCAAAUCUUGGGCUGAACGUGCUGAAUUACCAUCACAUGUGGUUACCAUGUUGAAUAACCUUCCCAAUACUGUACAUCCCAUGACACAAUUAGCAUCUGCUGUUGCUUUAUUGAAUUCAGAAAGUCAAUUUGUUCAAGCCUAUUCUAAAGGAGUUCAUAAGUCGCAAUACUGGGAGUAUACAUAUGAAGAUUCCAUGAAUUUAAUUGCGAAAUUACCAGUAAUAGCAGCAACAAUCUACAGAAAUAUUUAUCACGGUGGAAAUCAAGUAGGAACUAUUGAUACUGAACGUGAUUGGAGUGCCAAUUUCACAUCCAUGUUGGGAGCUAACAGUUCUGAAGAUUUCACUGAACUUAUGCGUUUGUACUUGACCAUCCACUCCGACCAUGAGGGUGGUAAUGUAUCUGCUCACACAACUCAUUUGGUUGGUUCAGCUUUGUCUGACCCAUACCUAUCAUUCAGUGCUGGUAUGUGUGGACUUGCUGGUCCAUUACAUGGACUUGCUAACCAAGAGGUUUUAUUGUGGUUGGAAAAAUUGCGUGAAGAAGUAGGUGAUUCUGUAACUAAUGAUCAACUUAAAGAAUUCAUUUUGAAAACAUUGAAAAGUGGACAAGUUGUACCAGGUUAUGGUCAUGCUGUCUUGCGUAAAACCGAUCCACGUUAUACUUGCCAGCGCGAGUUUGCUUUGAAACAUUUACCCAAAGAUCCAUUGUUCAAAUUAGUGUCACAAGUAUUUGAUGUUGUACCUCCAGUACUUAAUGCCCUUGGCAAAGUUAAGAACCCGUGGCCCAAUGUAGAUGCUCAUUCCGGAGUUUUAUUACAGUACUAUGGUUUGAAAGAAUCCAACUAUUACACAGUAUUGUUUGGAGUUUCUCGUGCUCUAGGAGUAUUAGCUUCUUUAGUUUGGGAUCGUGGACUUGGUCUACCUAUCGAACGCCCUAAAUCCUUAUCAACUGAAAAGUUGAAGGAAUUAGUCAGCAAAGCAAAGGCUGCAUAAGAAUGUACUGAUUAUAUAUAUAAUUUUUUUUUUUCAAAAGAAAUAUUUCAUUUAAAUCCCGUUAUGAUUUUUUUUUCUUUUUUUCUUGAAACCCGUCCACUCAAUUUCCAUGUCAAUAAAAUUAUGUCAGCUAUAUUUUUAAUAUAUGGUAUGGUUUGAAAUUGGUAAUUUUUUUUUUAUCCCAGUAUUUUAUUUUUUCUCAUCUUCAGAAAGUAAAUUUUGAAAUCUUUUGUGUCUACCUUUGAUCUUUUUGAAAAAUUACCUAAUUUGCAUAUUAAGUCUUAAAAAGGCUAUAAUUUUGUCUACUUUGUUAUCAAAGGAAUGUAUAACAUUGUUAGUUUUCAUAUUUUGCCAUGGAUAAUAAAUUAUUAAUUAGAUGUAGACAUUAUUUUUGUUAGUUUAUUAUUUACAAGUGCAUAUAAUUUAGGGUUUUGAUAAUAGUAUUGUAUACAUGCUUGUAUUGUAAAAUAAUGAAAUUUUGUAGUUUUAUAACAGUUUUUUUUGAAGGUUAAUAUUGUUGAUAUGUUGAAUCUAACAUUACAUAAUAACAUUAUAUUGUUACAGAUUAUUACAAUGUUAUUUGCUUAUAUAAUAUUACAUUAAGGAUUAAAUUUAAAUUACAUUCAAUGAAAUUACAACCUAUUAAAAUUGUUACAUUGCGUAGAUGUGUUAUUUAUGAUGAAAUUCUGAUAGGAUGUAAAUAUGUUUCAGUCUUUUGAGAGUGUUCAUAUACUAUCACAAUGAGGAGAUAUUACUGGUACUGAAUUAGUUGUAAAAUUAAUUUUUGUAAAUUGACAAUUGACAUAUAUUAAAAAAUAUAUAGAGAAA